CUUCCCGGGCUCUUUGUGGGGCCGCGAGCUCGGUGGAGAACCGGGAGCUCCGUGUGCUCUGCGGACACCGCUGGCAGCGGGGCUGUCUCCGGAAGGCGGACCCGCGAACGCCUAGUGCUUGCACUCGGCCGCCGUCCGCGCCUGUCUGCGCCCCUGACAUCCUUACUCGGGACGCGGUGGCCGUUUUUAAGUCACAAGGGCGUGGGUCAGCCUCCCCUAGGACUUCAUGUCUGUAUAUUUCCCCAUUCACUGCCCUGACUAUCUGAGAUCUGCCAAGAUGACUGAGGUGAUGAUGAACACCCCAUCGAUGGAGGAGAUUGGCCUCAACCCCCGAAAGGAUGGCCUUUCCUAUCAGAUCUUCCCCGACCCGUCGGACUUUGACCGCUCCUGCAAAGUGAAGGACCGCCUGCCCUCCAUCGUGGUGGAGCCCACAGAGGGCGAGGUGGAGAGUGGGGAGCUCCGGUGGCCUCCCGAGGAGUUUGUGGUCCAGGAGGAUGAGCAGGACAACUGUGAAGAGACAGAGAAAGACAACAAGGAGCAAUAGAGUCCUCGCCGACUCCCUCGGGGCCAUACCAGACGGCAUGUGUCCCGGAACUGCGUGUUCUUUCCCGUUUUGAUGGAAGAAGGGAGUGAGCCACAGUAGUUCUGAAAAUGUCAAAUGAUGGCUUCCGUUUUGCACCUGCAAAUCACCAAGUUGGUUUUCUUUUCUUUCCUUUCCUUUUUUUGAGAUGCUGGGCAGUGGAGCCCUCUGCGACAAUGUGCAAGGCCUUCUGAGAAAGGAAGCUGCUUAGAGCAGGGGUGGGGGGUUGCGGGGAAGUUGUGCAUCUUCGAGAUCAGAAUCUGAACCUGAGCAGGCUAGAGGCAGCAGUGGGAUUCCAGUGGGCUCCGGAGGGGGUGGUGAGGGUGCAGUGGGGGGGGGGGGCAGGAUGGGGUAUGUGCACCGCGAGCGAGGAACAUUUGGGGUAAGAGAACAAACAGGAGACGAAAGAGAAAAUACACACUUUGAAAGAAAGCAUCGAGCGGAGGAGUGCAGCCAGGAAGUUCCCCGCCAGCAGCUGCUGGGGCAUCAGGAAGCGACGUGUUCAUCUCUCUCUCUCUCUGUCUCUCUCUCCAGUUCUGCUCACCACAGCCUUUGCUUUUAUUUUGGCUGUGUUGGUCUGUUAAUGGGAGGCAGAAAAAAAGAGCAGUAGAAACCGGCUGCCUGCAAAACCGGCUGGAGGUGAGGCGUGGGUGGGAAGGCUUCCCUGCCCCUCCUCCACCCUCACUCCAGCCUUGGCAUAGCCGGUUCACAUACCCGCUCUAAUCUGGAAGUUUCUUAAGAGGCGGCGCUCUUGAGCUUUUCUCUCCUGAUUUUUCCUAUUGCGCACCGUCCCCCACCUACCCCCCCCCCACUGCCGGCCCAGCCCUUUGGGAGUAGCGGGGGCACACCCCGCCCUUGCAGAAGGACCGGGGUGGAUGGACUCUUGGGCAUGGAGACCCCUGCCCCCUGCUCCCCUAGGCUUGCUCUGUUCUGAGGGGAGGCACGACCUACUGGCCCUGCUCGGCCCCCACCCCUCCCCAGCCCCUGGGCGUAGCAGUCAGGCAGAGGUCGUUCCCAGCUGUGCAGUGGGUCCCAGCCAGCCUGACCAGCAGAGGUACCCACUCCCAUGUGGGCUCCUGGCCUGGCUUUAUUUUUGGUGGGAGCAGAGUGGAGAGCAGAGGAAGCUCUGUGUUUCUCACUGGGGAGGUGAGCUUUAAUGCAGAUCCCAAAUUGGAGACUUAGCCAUGGGGGCCACAGGGCUCUCCUGCAGCAGUUUGAAACUGAAGGUGUCAUGCGAUCCCUGGCUUCUCCUUGUGAUGUUCCAGAUGCAGGUGGGUGGAUGGCAUGGUGACGAUGAUGAGGGAGCGCUAAGCAUCGGCCCUCAUCCCUCCCCCCUCUCCCCUGGCCCCUGCAAGGGCACAGUUGCAAGAGAAAGCUAGCCUUGGACUUAGAGCUUCUUACAGUUAAGAACCCUCUGGAGCAGCAAGUUGCAGGGCGCACUGUUCAAACCUCCUGCAGCUCACAGCAUGACCCUCCUGGAGGCUGAACCCGGCCAGCAGAGGCACCCUGCCGCUCUCGGGUGGGUCUGGGCUGACCCCAGUUUGGGACUUGUGUACAGAGCUGUAUUUAAUACCUCAAGGCUAGUGUGGUUCCAGGGACCUGGGGCGGGGGGAUGAGGUGUGCGGUUCACACCUCCACAGGAUUUGGUUCUAGAAAGCCGACACCCAGCCCCCAGCCCCCCCCCCACCCCCCGCGUCCUGCCCCCCGCCCCGUGUUGUCUGCUUGUAUUACACACACCGAUGGCAAUAACUUCUUCCAGCUCCUCGGGAACGGGCGAGGCCUGCAGCCCGCAGCCUCUCAUGCGCCCGCUGGUCCUGCUCUGGCUGCAGAGUCCUCCCUCCUUCCUCAUCCCUCACCUGCCUCCCUUCGUGGAUGGGGCCUUGCCUUUUACAAUCCCGUUUCUGUGUCCCUCUUAUCCGCUCCUUUCUCUCAUCUGUCCUGGUCUUGCCGUGUGAUAGGAACGUGCUUGUAAACUGCAUAACAAAUCUACUUUGUGUAUAUGUGUGUUUAUGGGGGUGUCUUAUUAUUUUGCUGGUCGCUAGAUGCCUUUGUACGACCAUUCGGAGUCUGAGCAGGCCGGGAGCUGACAGCUAAAGUCAGGACCUGCAGCAGCCUGUUGGAGGGACCCAGCCACUCUUUGACAAGUGGCCGAGCUCCUGUCUGGCCUCCUGUUGUUUCGUUUUUCGUUUUUUUGUUAUUUUUUUUAAGUAACUUGUGUGUAUUUCUAACUGAUCGUAUUAAAAAAAAAAACCUAGUAUUUCAGUAAAAAAUGCCUGUUGUAAGAUGAACCUCCUGUAACUUCUAUCUGUUCUUUUUUGAGGCUCAGGGAGAAACUAGCAUUUUUUUUUUUCAAACUACUUUUUGUCACUGUGACAGUUGUAAAUAAAGUUUGAAAAUGCUUUCCA